AUGUACUAUUGGUUAAAUGACCUGUCAGUCAAGCUGAGGAUGUUUCUGAUUGGUCCUGUGUCUCCAGGUGUACAACCAACAUUACAAGGCUGUGCUGGACGGCAUGGAAACAGACAGUAUCAUGGAGAUUGACCCCGCCCACCGCAUUGAGAUCUUCAGGAUGGGGAACGGUAGUGAUGAGGUGCUCGAGGUCCACGACUUCAAACAUGUAAGUGUUGUCAAAAUUCACAUUAGAUACAGAAUACUUUAUGCAUAUUUCAUAUACUGUCAUUGUCUUUUUCUUUAUUCUAGUUUUUGUGCAGAAUGACUGCAUUUGUGUUCGAGCCCUUUCCAAAUUGCUGUUAGAUUGUGCAAAACCAUUUCUGUUCUCCUGAAAUCAUAUAAUCUUCUUGGACAAUACCCUGCACUCUCUCCUGUGUUUCUCUCUCUCUCUCUCACGGAAAAAGCUGAUAUGACAAUGUGUGUUAUCUAAUAACAAGAGGUUUCAAUUCCCUCUCAUAUACAAUCCCUUAUCCACCACACACACAUACACACACACAUGCAGGUAACUGCCAAAAUAAAAGAAACACCAACAUAAAGACUCUUAAUAGGGUGUUUGGCACCCAAGAACCAGAACAGCUUCAAUGCACACAGUGUCUAGAACAAGAAGAAGAAAUUCCAUCAUUUGGUGUUUUGUUGAGGGUGGUGGAAAAUGCUGUCUCAGGUGCCACUCAAGAAUCUCCCAUAAGUGUUCAUUUUGAUUGAGGUCUGGUGACUGAGACGGCCAUGGCAUAUGGUUUACAUCGUUUUCAUGCUCAUCAAACCAUUCAGUAUAAACUCGUGCCCUGUGGAGGGCGGCAUUGUCAUCCUAUGGGGCAUAGCCAUGGCAGCCAUAAUAAUGGCCAAAAUAAUGGCCUGCCCAUGAUGAGAUGUUAAUUGACUCAGAAAUCACGCCUGUGUGGAAGCACCUGCUUUCAAUAUCUUUGUAUCCCUCAUUUACUUGUGUUUCCAUUAUUUUGGCAGUUACCUGUACAUACACACACACACACACACAUUCAUACCUGAAUAUCAUAUAUUAAAAACAAAAAACUGUUUUAAGUGAGAAGUAGGCAUUGGUCUGAAGCCGAAAAAUAAAGGAAAUAUGCACCACAAUGCCUAUUCAACCCAUGCUCUACAAAGGUUUUCCAGCACACAGCUUUGACCAACUACAAUAGCUAUGUUGGUAUAUUAUACUUCCAGCAAUGUGUAGGCAGGUUGCUUAGGAUUCAAACUUUCUCAAACAGCCUAAUUCAUACUCUUAGAGGAGGUACUGCAUACAAGUUAAAGUAUUGGAUUCUUCACACACCACACUAAUCCCAUUCCACUACUUUUCAAGUUUUUAAAAAAUUAUAUGAAAGCAAGUUUUGCUUUUAUACUUACAAGAUUGUCAUGCUUGAUUGAGAGAGGUGUUUUGUCUUGUAGUAAUGUGGUGCCUGCCUGUAUUUCCUUAAACCUUUUUUUUAGCAAUACAUGUCAUUGAGAACAAAAUAUUCUACUACUCAAGGUCUCGAUGAACAGAGGAGGUCUUGAAGAACAAAUGAGUAGUAGAAUCAGGUAGGGUAGCACUGGGCUUGAAUAAAAAAACCUGCAUAAAAGUGAAACUGACAAGGAGAAACGUUUGCCACAUGGUUUGCUGUAAUCUACACUACCGGUCAAAAGUUUUAGAUUUUUUUAAAAUAUUUUAUAUUUGAGAUUCUUCAAAUAGCCACCCUUUGCCUUGAUGACAGCUUUGCACAUUCUUGGCAUUCUCUCAACCAGCUUCACCUGGAAUGCUUUUCAAACAGUCUUGAAGGGGUUCCCACAUAUGCUGAGCACUUGUUGGCUGCUUUUCCUUCACUCUGCGGUCCUACUCAUCCCAAACCAGCUCAAUUUGGUUGAGGUCGGGGGAUUGUGGAGGCCAGGUCAUCUGAUGCAGCACUCCAUCACUCUCCUUUUUGGUAAAAUAGCCCUUACACAGCCUGGAGGUGUGUUGGGUCAUUGUCCUGUUGAAAAACAAAUGAUAGUCCCACUAAGCCCAAACCAGAUGGGAUGGUGUAUUGCUGCAGAAUGCUGUGGUAGCCAUGCUGGAUAAGUGUGCCUUGAAUUCUAAAUAAAUCACAGAUAGUGUCACCAGCAAAGCACCCCCACACCAUAACACCUUCUCCUCCAUGCUUUACGGUGGGAAAUACACAUGCGGAGAUCAUCCGUUCACCCACACCGCGUCUCACAAAGACACGGCGGUUGGAACCAAAAAUCUCAAAUUUGGACUCAUCAGACCAAAGGACAGAUUUCCACCAGUCUAAUGUCCAUUGCUCGUGUUUCUUGGCCCAAGCAAGUCUCUUCUUAUUAUUGGUGUCCUUUGGUAGUGGUUUCUUUGCAGCAACUCGACCAUGAAGGCCUGAUUCACACAGUCUCCUCUGAACAGUUGAUGUUGAGAUGUGUCUGUUACUUGAACUCUGUAAACCAUUUAUUUGGUUUGCAAUUUCUGAGACUGGUAACUCUAAUGAAUGUAUCCUCUGCAGCAGAGGUAACUCUGGGUUUUCCAUUCAUGUGGCGGUCCUCAUGAGAGCCAGUUUCAUCAUAGCUCUUGAUGUUUUUUGCGACUGCACUUGAAGAUUUUCUUGAAAUUUUCCGGAUUGACUGACCUUCAUGUCUUAAAGUAAUGAUGGACUGUCGUUUCUUUUUGCUUAUUUGAGCUUGUUCUUGCCAUAAUAUGGACUUGGUCUUUUACCAAAUAGGGCUCUAUUCUGUAUACCCCACCUACCUUGUCACAACACAACUGAUUGGCUCAAACACAUUAAGAAGGAAAGAAAUUCCACAAAUUAACUUUUAACAAGGCACACCUGUUAAUUGAAAUGCAUUUCAGGUGACUACCUCAUGAAGUUGGUUGAGAGAAUGCCAAGAGUGUGCAAAGCUGUCAUCAAAGCAAAGGGUGGCUAUUUGAAGAAUCUCAAAUAUACAAUGUAUUUUGAUUUGUUUAACACUUUUUUGGUUACUACAUGAUUCCAUAUGUGUUAUUUCAUAAUUUUGAUGUCUUCACUAUUAUUCUACAAUGUAGAAAAUAGUAAAAAUAAAGAAAAACCCUUGAAUGAAUAGGUCUGCUAAAUGACGUAAAUGUAAAUGUGUUCUAAAACCUUUGACCGGUAGUGUACGUGUCUGAUUUUGUCCAUUUAAUGUAAAACGGAUCAAACAUAAUUUCUGACUGGACGACAGCUAAUGUUGCUAUGCUGUCUUAAUAGCAUAGGUUAAUGAUUUGUCACUCGCAAUGCUCAUUAUCAGCCGCUCACCACUGGUCUGUUUGCAUAUUAGUUGGCUGUCUAGGCCUAACUGGUGAGACCGACACAUACUAGCCUACUACUUACAUAUAUCUACUGUGUUUAACUUACCUGUAAAGGCUCAGCUAGGUCAUUGAAUGUUCGUCAAUAAGAUGAUUCUGGCCUAUAACAAAUCAAUCAGAUAACCUACUAGGCCAGGGGUGUCAAACGUAUUCCAUGGAGGGCCUAGUGUUUGCGGGUUGUUGUUUUAUUUAAGACCUAGACAACCAGAUGAGGGGAGUUCUUUACUAAUUAGUGACCUUAAUUCAUGAAUCAAGUACAAGGGAGGAGUGAAAACUUGCAGACACUCGGCCCUCCGUGAAAUGAGUUUGACACGUGUACUAUGCCCACAUAUAGACCUAACCAGCUAGCUGGCUAGCUAGUAGCCUACGCCAAAUCAAUUCAGACCUGCUAAUUAUUUAUACGGAACUAUAUAAGGCAAAUCUAACAAAUCUGAAAAUACAAUUUAAAAAAUAUGGAUAAAUAUAGUCUGAAUUUUCAUAUAUGGUUAUGAUUAAUAGUUUUACGAGUCAUUGGAGAUUAGUCUGUCUCAGAGAUAAGAAGGGAAAGAGUGAAAGUCUGACAGGAGAUUCUCUCUGCUAAAUGACUCAAAUGUAAAAUGUAAAAAUGAGAAACUUACAGAAAAUUGUUUAUUGUCCUUGCAAAAGUCUAAAUUAUACAUUUAAAGCUGCCCUGGAACAGGAAGAAGAAAGGAAUCUGUGUAUGAUCUUUUUAAAUUGGAAUGCAGUUCUAGUCAUUCCACAUCUAUACUACUACUACAUUUCACAUACUUUUUGUUGUUUUACCUGGGUGCACCGUGUGUAUUACCCGCAACCCCUGACUGCUUUUUACUUGUGUUUCAGUGUGUUUCUGGGAACACACUGAAAAGUAACUUGACAAAGGUGUCAUUGUACGCUGAUGAUUCAUGUUUUCUUUUAAAUCCACAGCUUGGAUCCCUCAACAGCCUCAUAGAGGAUCUAGAUAAUUGUUCUAACAUCUCUGGAUUACAACCAAAUUAUGAUAAGUGUACUAUAUUACGAAUUGGAUCACUAACAAAUACAACUUUUACAUUACCGUGUAGUUUACCAAUAAAAUGGUCUGAUGGUGAUGUGGAUAUACUCAGUAUACAUAUCCUGAAAGAAAGAAAUUAUCUCACUCCAAUACAUUUAAUAGAAAGUUAGCAAAAAUAGAUAAGAUCUUGCUACCAUGGAAAGGUAAAUACCUGUCUAUAUCCCUGAUUAACUCUUUAGUAAUAUCCCAGUUUACCUAUUUACUUAUGGUCUUGCCUACACCUAGUGAACAGUUUUUUAAAUUAUAUGAGAAAAAAUGUGGAACGGCAAGCCAGACAAAAUUUAAUGGGCCUAUUUAUAUAAUGAAUAUGAAUUCGGAGGGCAGAAAUGAAUAAAUACUAAAGCUUCAGUCAUACAAAAGUUAUACUUUAAUCCGAACUGGUUCUCUAGCAAUGUCUCACCCUAUGUUGAAGAAUGGCCUUUUUCCCUUUAUUCAGAUUACAACUUCUCACUUUCAGUUAUUUGAAAAGGAAAUCAUCUCCCAAAUAUCACUAUUUCUAAAACAAGCCAAAGUUGGUUGCGAUUUCAAUUUAAUCCUCCAGAAACGACAGAACAAAUAAUGCAACAAAUAUUGUAGUUAAACUCAAAUAUACUAAUUGAUUAAAAAAACAUUUAAAAACAAAUGUUUAAAAAAGGUAUAAACAUUGUAAAUGAUAUCAUAGAUAGGACUGGUGGAGUUAUGUCGCACAUGCAGCUAACAAAAACAUAUGGAAAUGUCUGCUCUACCCAAAAUUACAACCAAAUAAUUGCAGCAUUACCGCAAAAAUGGAUGAGGAAAGUGGAAGGGGGAAAAAGUAAGGAACUUGUCUGUUGGCCCUGCAUUAAAGACCAUAGUUGGUAAAAGAAAAUUGUGAUAAAUAAAAAAGUAUACCAGUUUCAUUUAAGGACCAAAAAAUUGACUGCCGUGCCAUAUAGAUUGCAAAAUAGUUGGGAAGAGAUUUUUGUGUUGUUUACCUCCAAUCAAGUUGAUUUGCGAAUUUUCAUCGACCGGUCAGACUAUAAUAAAAUGGAAUAUCUAAUAACAAGAGGUCUCAGUUCACUCACACUCAUACUCAAACACACACGUGGCCGCACACACACACACACGCACACAAACACACAUGUUGCUAGUUUCUCCUCCAUCCCAUCCAGUCUGAAUUAUCCACUUUUGUCAGUGAAGCGAAUCCACCAAGGAGAUGUGUUUGUUUCCAGGCAUGGCCACGGGAGACUGCAUUGUGAAACAAGUGAGCGAGCACAAUAAUCCUCAUUGUGAAUAGAAGAGAGUGGAGGAAAACGCAAACCUUAUUAUAAAUUAUACGAACUGUAAAUUGAGGGGGAAGGGUUUGAUAUGUCUUUUUAUAAAGAAAGGAUGUUUCAAGGGUUUACCAAUUAAAAAGCCACCUUUAAAACCAUCUCUGUCAAGCCCAAGGGCUGUGUAUGAGGCAUUGAAUGGGCAGAUAAUGCAGCUUAAGGACCAGAGGAGAAAUCCAUUUUCUAUUGUUUCAGGCAAAUACAGGGAAGAACCUAGGGAACUGGCAUUCAAGCAUAUUCAACAGUCUAUUAUAUUAGAAUCAUUAUGGUCACACAGUGCAACCACCUGCCACCACCACCACAUCUACUGUAUUUUUAUGUAGCUCUUCUCAACAAAACAUAAUGUGGUCAUUUCAUGAAUAAUUCGAUGCAAACAGUGGUUCAUGUUGACAGUAAUUAUGUACAGUUGAAGUCGGAAGUUUGCAUACACCUUAGCCAAAUACAUUUAAACUCAGUUUUUCACAAUUCCUGACAUUUAAUCCUAGUAAAAAUUCCCUGUCUUAGGUCAGUUAGGAUCACCACUUUAUUUUAAUAAUGUGAAAUGUCAGAAUAAUAAUAGAGAGAAUGAUUUAUUUCAGCUUUUAUUUAUUUCAUCACAUUCCCAGUGGGUCAGAAGUUUACAUACACUCAAUUAGUAUUUGGUGGCAUUGCCUUUAAAUUGUUUAACUUGGGUCAAACGUUUCAGGUAGCCUUCCACAUGCUUUCCACAAUAAGUUGGGUGAAUUUUGGCCCAUUCCUCCUGACAGAGCUGGUGUAACUGAGUCAGGUUUGUAGGCCUCCUUGCUCGCACACGCUUUUUCAGUUCUGCCCACAAAUGUUCUAUAGGAUUGAGAUCAGGGCUUUGUGAUGGCCACUCCAAUACCUUGACUUUGUUGUCCUUAAGCCAUUUUACCACAACUUUGGAAGUAUGCUUGGGGUCGUUGUCCAUUUGAAAGACCCAUUUGCGACCAAGCUUUAACUUCAUGACUGAUGUCUUGAGAUGUUGCUUCAAUAUAUCCACAUAAUUUUCCUUCCUCAUGAUGCCAUCUAUUUUGUGAAGUGCACCAGUCCCUCCUGCAGCAAAGCACCCCCACAGCAUGAUGCUGCCACCCCCGUGCUUCACGGUUGGGAUGGUGUUCUUCCGCUUGCAAGCCAUCCCCUUUUUCCUCCAAACAUAACGAUGGUCAUUAUGGCCAAACAGUUCUAUUUUUGUUUCAUCAGACCAGAGGACAUUUCUCCAAAAAGCUGCCAUCAAGGCAAAGGGUGGCUAUUUGAAGAAUCUAAAAUAACAUCUAUUUUGAUUUGUUUAACACCUUUUUGGUUACUACAUGAGUCCAUAUGUGUCAUUUCAUAGUUUUGAUGUCUUCACUAUUAUUCUACAAUGUCAAAAAUAGUAAAAAUAAAGAAAAACCCUUGAAUGAGUAGGUGUGUCCAAACUUUUGACUGGAGUGUAUAUUUUACCAAUUAAGGUUUUUCAUAUAAGGCUGAAGUCAUCAUGUGUAAACUUCUGAUCUAGACACGUUUAUCGGCGCACAAACAAAUAUGCAUAAAUAAACUAGCAAAAUUCCUUGGCUGCUAUGAUAGCCAGUUAACGUUAGCUAGCUAGGUAACAUUAGCUAAGGUGUAUGGCCAGUUCAUGCGCCACAAUAUAUCAUACUUUCUUACACAAAACAUAGCUAGUUAACAUUAGUUACGUUGUUUAAAACCACUAAAGUUCAGGAAACUGCCAUGCUGCUCACGUUCAUUUGCAUUGCACAGACCAAGCUACGGUUAGACGAGGUAGCCAGAUUUCAGACAGGACAAACAUUGCAGUUAGCUACAAUGCAUUUCCUCGACUAAGAACAACCAAUACCACACAAACCAUAGCCGAGAAAACAAUUUGGUUUGUUAAGAAACAGGAAGCUAGUUAUGAACCGCAUAUAGUAAAUGGUUGAACCCCAAACGAAUGUAAACAGAACCUCAGUUGUGCAUGCUAGAAUCAAGCUACCAGACUCGACUGACAGCAUCGCUGUUUCAAAUGUGUAGAAUAAAUUCCAGCUCUCUCUCCUUCCAACUUGCCAUUCUUAUAAUCCAAAUGUGUGCUGACUGAUCAACACAGUGUCAAGUUACUUUUUAGUGUGUUCACAGAAAAUCUGAAGUCGCCAUGCACAACUAAAAAGUUGGGCUGCAAACGGUGCACCAGGAUAAAACAACAACAUCAGAAUCAUUGCUUGUGCAAGAUGCUGUGUGUCAGCAUGGUCACAUAGACUAGACGUAACAUAGUAAAAGUAAAUCCGGAUCACUGAAAUGAGGAUGAUAUGUUACGUUUGGUAUGGUUACAUAAUACAGAAGGUUACUUAAGGCAAAAACGAGGGUGGUUGGUCAGGGUGAAAGGAUGGGCGUAUAACUCGAAUGUCUAGCAACCCAAAGGUUGAGUGUUCCAAUCUCAUCAUGGUCAACUUUAGCAUUUUAGCUAAUUACCAACUUUACAACUACUUACUACUUUUUAGCCACUUUGCAACUACUUAGCAUGUUAGCUAACCCUUCCCCUAACCCUAACCUUAACACUUUAACAUAACUCCUAACCUUAACCCUAACCCCUAGCCUAUCUAACGUUUGCCACCUAGCUAACAAUAGCAUUAGCCACCUCACUAAUGUUUAGCACAACAAAUUGGAAUUCGUAACAUAUCAUACGUAUUGUAAUUCCUAAUAUAUCAUGCGAAAUGUAUGAUUGACAUCCACAAAUUAAUACAUACCAUACCAUACGAAUAUAUCAAAUCAAAUCAAAUCACAUUUUAUUGGCCACAUGCGCCGAAUACAACACACAUUACAGUGAAAUGCUUACUUACAGCCCUUAACCAACAAUGCAUUUCUUUUUUAAUAAAAAAGUAAAAUAAAACAACAACAAAAAAGUGUUGAGGAAAAAAGAGCAGAAGUAAAAUAAAAUAACAGUAGGGAGGCUAUAUAUACAGGGGGGGUACCGUUGCAGAGUCAAUGUGCGGGGGCACCGGCUAGUUGAGGUAGUUGAGGUAAUGUGUACAUGUGGGUAGAGUUAAAGUGACUAUGCGUAAAUCAUUAACAGAGUAGCAGCAGCGUAAAAAGAUGGGGUGGGGGUGGUGGAGCAGUGCAAAUAGUUCGGGUAGCCAUGAUUAGCUGUUCAGGAGUCUUAUGGCUUGGGGGUAGAAGCUGUUGAGAAGUCUUUUGGACCUAGAAUUGGCACUCUGGUACCGCUUGCCGUGCGGUAGCAGAGAGAACAGUCUAUGACUAGGGUGGCUGGAGUCUUUGACAAUUUUGAGGGCCUUCCUCUGACACCGCCUGGUAUAGAGGUCCUGGAUGGCAGGAAGCUUGGCCCCAGUGAUGUACUGGGCCGUACGCACUACCCUCUGUAGUGCCUUGCGGACGGAGGCCGAGCAGUUGCCAUACCAGGCGGUGAUGCAACCAGUCAGGAUGCUCUCGAUGGUGCAGCUGUAUCAUUUUUUGAGGAUCUGAGGACCCAUGCCAAAUCUUUUCAGUCUCCUGAGGGGGAAUAGGCUUUGUCGUGCCCUCUUCACGACUGUCUUGGUGUGUUUGGACCAUGAUAGUUCGUUGGUGAUGUGGACACCAAGGAACUUGAAGCUCUCAACCUGUUCCACUAGCAUUCUAAAUGUUUAGUUCGGAUUUACGUACAGAAUAAUACGAAAUGCUAUGAGAUCAGGUUGCAGCAGCAUGCAAUCAAAAGAAAAAGGAAAUGCUAUGAGAUCAGGUUGCAGCAGCAUGCAGUCAAAAUAAAAGGAAAUGCUAUGAGAUCAGGUUGCAGCAGUCAAAAGAAAAGGAAAUGCUUGAUAACUUGGUAAACUACGUGAUUAAAUGACACACACACUUAUGUUAAUGUAUUAGGUGGCUCUUAAAAGAGCCUUUAGGUUCGUGGAGAGGCAGGCAAGUGGCAGGUGGUGUGUACUCAGUGGCGGUUUUACACGGAGGCCGGGGGAGGCCCGUGCCUCCCUGGAAAUGUCCCUGGCCACCCCUGUGGCCCCCCCGUGCUGACCAAAUAAAAAAUUAUGAAUUUAUAACUAUUUUACACGCGAGCGCCAAAAGCGGAACUAAUGCAACGCUCUACACGGCAACGUUCUACACGGGUAAAUUAGAGUGGCGCACCCGAAGGUCGAAGGUAAGCAAAACGAUUUAAUAUCAUAAGUGACUUGUUGUUCUUGCACAUAGCCUACAUGUUCCUUUUGUUCCUCACACAUAAAUCAAAUCAAGUUUUUAAAUGUCUGGUCUCGAUUUGUUUAGAAAUGUAAUCAUAUCUAAGCAAACUCAUCGAAGCAGAAGCAAAUAUCCAAAUGUUAGUAGGCUAUCCUUGCUAGGUCUACACAAUGUUGUGAUGUUAACCACGUAACUUCAUCCGUCUUGGCUGUUGCAUCGCGAUAACAAAUACAUUUUUAGUAAAGUAAUCAACAGGUUAUCUGCCAGCCCAGUGUUAAGUAGGGAGGGAUGGUUAGGUAACAAAAUGUAAUGCAUGCCCCUACGUUUUUUCUUCUUCUAAUAGUUAUCAUGAAACGAGGAAGGGACAUAAAGUCAUUUUUUGCCCCAGCAAACAAAAAAGUUAGAUAGAGUUUAUGAUUUUAUUCUUUUGAAUUAUCUCUGCCAAACAUCUAUGUACUACAAAUCUUCAAGCUCCACAGAUGUUUUAUGGCAUCCACUAAACCUCUUUAGAUAUUUGUAAAUUAUACAGUGUGAUACCUUUCAACGAAAGUUUAUUUUAUUUUUUACCAACUAUGAUUUUUCCUUUUGAAAACAAGCAAAGCAAGAAAAAAAAGAAACAAAAUCACUCCAAUCAUUGCACACUUGUGUCGUUCAGACUUUGCAGGUCCAGCUUUGACAUGAUGAUCUAACUAACACUAAUAUUGUAACUAAUAUUGUAACUGAAAUAUGUAUGAUCCUAUGAUGAGCGAUUGCUUACUUCCCUUUCACUCUUAAAAAAUUACUGAAAAAAAAUGUGUAUAAAAAGGUAUAUGUAGUAUAUGUUUGUUUAGUGAGCAUUCAUGCUGUCAUUUUUUCCUAAUGUGAACUAUGGUGGAAAUGUGCUGUCCUAAAUGGACUUGCCCAUAUAUGUUGUAAAGCCUUUUUUUGUACACCUGCUCAUCAACUGACAGUGAAGUACACAAAGACACAGACACACACACACAGACACCUGUAAUAUUCUUGUUUUCAUGUUGUUGCUGAUAUCCAUCAGUGUUGUUCAUAUUGCUACAUUGUGUUGACAUGAUUGUUGCUUUUAAACGAAUGUUAACUUAAUGUUUAUUGUCUGCAUCCUAUUGGACUACUGGAUGUUAAUGUGUAACACGUUUCCCUGUUUAUGUGCUUUAGCAAUACUGUAUGUCAAUAUGGUCAUGCUAGUAAAGCCUCUUUGAAUUGAAUUUCUUUUCUGAUUUGGUUUAUUUUACCUAAAUGGAUACAGGGUAGUGUGUUUUGUUUAUAAAUCACUCAGAAAGUUUUCUUUCUUAAAACAAAAUGUGGAAUCAACUGUCCACAGUAGUGGGGCUUCCAUAAAUAGGAAAUGGCACAUUGUUGUACCCUUUGUUGUAUCCUGGAGUUUUGUUCACAUUGAAUAUGAACCCUGUAUUUGUACCCUGUACUAUUUUUUUAUUUUUUCAUUUUUAUGGCACUAUCUCUCUUGCAUCUGCACUCUUGUACAAAAUACGUGUUAUAAUAAAUGUCAUAUGAUUUUAAAGUAAAAUAAAGUUUAUAAUCUUUGAAUAUCAUGUGUUGCCAGUUUUUUUAUGUGUGCCCCCCUGAUUAAACACUGGCCCCUCCUUGGCCCCCCUAGUAAAAUGUGUCUAGAACCGCCACUGUGUGUACUACUGCAUGCAUCUUGCUAGAACGGAGGAGAGACCAGGGCCCGUAUCCACAAAACGUCUCAGAAAAAGUCCUAGGAAUCCUGUUAAAACCAGUUUUAAGACAACAAAAAACUCCCAGCUCAGAGUAGGUUUUAGGAUGAUGUUAAAAUACUGCGCAGACAAACUUUGAGCCAUGAGUAAAAUCAACUCAUAAAAGUUUAUCUCAGCUGGUAAUCACCACAGUUGGAAGUACGGCAAAGGAAAGAUAGUGAGGACGCUUAUUGACAUGUUGCAAAUGAUGGGGAAUAACCAAUCGCGAUGAGGCAUCGCCAGCUGUGCAAUUUAUAGCACGCUUCAGAUAAUCACGGUGAAUGUGACUGUACAUCAAAUGUUGCAAUGGUAAAACGUUUGAUAUCAUUUUCGCCCGACACGAUCACUUUGCGUACACUUAAUUAUUGCCUAAUAUGUUGGCAUGAAUAACCUUCUUUUUUUUUAACCAAUUCCGAUAUUUUGAAUAAUGUGAUAAGCAUUUUGCACAGAAUCAUACAGUAUAAUGGUUUAAAAGCUGCAUUUUUAUAACAUUACAUCUCCCGAGUGGCGCAGUGGUCUAAGGCACUGCAUCGCAGUGCUAGCUGUGCCACUAGAGAUCCUGGUUCAAAUCCAGGCUCUGUCGUAGCUGGCCGUGACCGGGAGACCCAUGGGGUGGCGCACAAGUCGUCCAGGGUAGGGGAGGGAAUGGCCAGCAGGGAUGUAGCUCAGUUGGUAGAGCAUGGCGUUUGCAACGCCAGGGUUGUGGGUUCAAUUCCCACUGGGGGCCAGUAUGAAAAAAAUAUUUUAAAAAAUGUAUGCACUCACUAACUGUAAGUCGCUCUGGAUAAGAGCGUCUGCUAAAUGACUAAAAAAAUAAUAAAUAAAUAAAUAAAAAUAUCCACACACUCGUCACUCCCGUUAAACAACUCUAAAUCGCUUUGGCACAGUAGGUACUUGCCGAUAAUGUUGCAUAAAACAAUUGAAAGGUCUAUCAUUUUUACCCAACACAAUUAAAUGCAUUACCAAUUUAGGCAUCUUUUUUAACAACGUGAUAUUCUGCUUGAAAUAACAUGAAAAUAUUUGUGAUUUCUUUUUAGCAUAUUGGUUAUAAUUAUGUAGGCAUAUAUCGUGUGAAUUAGGCCUCAUGUGAAAUCAUUGUCAAAAGUGCAAGGUCUAGAUUAUUUAUGGGUUGAUCGUAUAGAAAUAUCAAAACAUUAUUUCACUGACUCACUGCCUUUCUCUAUAAUCAAGACACCUGCUUGUAACUCUUAACUGGUUAGGAUAGCUCAUGAAGUGUCCUAAAUAUCUGUCGACUAGGUGGGACUCUUAUGACUAAAGAGGCUUCAUGCUGCGUAGCUUUUAUUUUUACCCAUCAGAAGAGGAGUAAAAUGUCUCUAUUCUCAGCACUUAUGACCAGUUUUCUACUCUGAGAUGCUUUGUGGAUACGGGCCCAGCUCUGAGACUCUCAAGGAAGAGGUUGUUGCCCUAAUCUGUGAGAUUCACGCAAUCCCUACGGUACUGCCCAGGGACACAGUGCUUUAUGGCAGAGUGGUGGAUUGUGGGCAUGCACCUGUCACGGAGAAAUGCAAACACCAGCUGGUUGACAGAGCGUUGGGCCAUCUCUAUGCGCUUGUUGAUGUCCUCCUACCACUGGAACAUCCAUCUCCUCCACUGUGUAAUGUCAGAGUAGACCACCGUUGUCCCAGGGAACAUUCGUAUGACUACCUCCAAAUCGGCUCGCAUCUGACGUACCAGGGAUGUCCCAUUUGUGUGUCCCAAGUCGUUUCCACCGAGGUGGAUGACUAUGAUAUAUUCAUGGUCAUACCUCGCCUUGGCGAAAGAGAAUAUUUCAGAACCCUUCCAUUGAGAACAGCUCAUCCAUAUGUUGCGCUCAUGUAGUCAUCUUGCCAGCUACAUUGUGUAAUCGCAUAGUAAAUAUUUGCUUCAGUCUUUGUUUCCUUGUUCUCGCCAAUUUGCUUUGAGCAGUGAUCAGUAGGAUUAUGAGCUGGGAUCUUAUCAAUAAAUAAAACUCACAACAUUGUGAGGGUUCACAAGGAGAGCAUGUGUUAAGCUGUAUUAUAAUGUUGUAUAAUAUUGUUGCAUAAUCAUCUUCCGGUGUAAAAACCAUGGAAAUUAAAAACAAAAACCGAUGUUUUAAGUGAGAAUAGACCGAAAAAUAAAGGAAAUUCACAAGCACCACAAUGCCUAUUCCACCCAUGCCCUACCAAGGUUUUCCAGCACACAGCUUUGACCUACUUUAGUAGCUAUGUUGGUAUUGUACUUGAAACUAUGUAUAGGUGGGUUGCUUACAUUUUAGUCAUUUUGCAGACGCUCUUAUCCAGAGCGACUUACAGUUAGUGAGUGCAUAGAUUUAUUUUUCAUACUGGCCCCCCGUGGGAAACAAACCCACAACCCUGCCGUUGCAAGCACCAUGCUCUACCAACUGAGCUACAUGGGGCCCUUAGGAGUCAAACCUUCUAAAACAGCCUAAUUCAUACUCUUCAGAGGGAUAAUAGACUUUACAGUGUCCUGCUAUUAAAAUUAUGUAUACUGGUUUAUACAGUAUAUAUAAUUUGGCUGUACGUAUUUUUAGAUUUAGGCCUAUUGUAAAUGUGUAUUAUUGUUGAUACACCAUAUUUAUUACAAAAAUAAAUACAAGUACAAACAUAACUUUAAGCUACAUAUUAUUUUGACAGAGGUAAUGAACUGUCCAUUGAUCACCAAUUGAUAAAACAGGACCAUGUUUGAAACACAAGUGGUUCUGAAUUUAUGUCAAUAUUACACAAGUAAGCUAACAGUUACAGAAAUCAGGAAUGCAUACAGCCUUAUAUCUAUCUGAGCUACUGUGUCCAACACACCACCAUCUGUUGUUAUGUUGGGCACCUACUGACCAAAAAAAGGAUGUUAUUAUGAUAUUUUUUUCACAAUGAUAUGUAUUGCUAAAAUAAAGGUUUAAGGAAAUACAGGCAUGCACCACAUUACUACAAGACAAAACAGCUCAACCAAGCCUGAUGGUCUGGUAAGUAUAAAAGCAAAGCUUCCUUUCAUUUAAUAAAAAAAAAGCAUUAAAUGUAGCAUAAUGAGAUAAUGUCUUACUGUGGUGUGUGAAGAAUCCAAUACUUUAACUUGUAUGCAGUACAAAUCAUAUUAUUGUGGAAGCACCUCCUCUAAGAGUAUGAAUUAGGCUGUUUGAGAAAGUUUGAAUCCUAAGCAACGUGCCUACACAAAGUUUGAAGUACAAUACCAACAUAGCUACUGUAGUAGGUGGUAGAGCGUGGGUGGAGUAGGCACUGAGGUGCUCAUGUGAAUUUUUCGGCUUCAGACCAAUGCCUAUUCUCAGUUAAAACAUAUUUUUUUGUUUUUAAUAAUUAACCGCAAUGAGUUUGCGGUCAAUCAUUUUAAUAAUUAUUUUAAUAAAAGUGAAAUGAGCAUCCUGAGCUUCCAUGUUUGUUUCCUCAACACGUCACCUGACACUCAACAGACGCAGGAAGAGACAGGAAUAUAGAGCCCAAGUGACAAUGAAUUUGUAUGUAUUAAGGAUCCCCACUAGUUCCUGCCAAAGCAGCAGCUACUCUUCCUGGGGUCCAGCAACAUUAAGGCAGUUAUAUACAAUUUAAAAUAUUACAUGACAUUACAUUUCAUGAGCUCCUGAGUGGUGCAGUGGUCUAAGGCCACUGCUGUGCCACUAGAGAUCCUGGUUCGAAUCCAUGCUCUGUCGUAGCCGGCCGCGACCGGGAGACCCAUGGGGCGGUGCACAAUUGGCCCAGCGUUGUCCAGGGUAGGGGAGGGAAUGGCCGGCAGGGAUGUAGCUCAGUUGGUAGAGAAUGAUGUUUGCAACGCCAGGGUUGUGGGUUCGAUUCCCACGGGGGGAUUCCCACUGUAAGUCGCUCUGGAUAAGAGCGUCUGCUAAAUGACUAAAAUGUAAAUAACACUUUUUACAACACAUUAAGUGUGUUCCCUCAGGCCACUACUCUACUACCACAUAUCUACAAUACAAAAUCCAUGUGUACGUGUGUGUGUAGAGUGUGUGUCUUAUCAAGUGUAUGAUUGAUUGAUUGGUACAGCAUCCCCUAACCUUUCUAUGCAAUGGAGAUGCAACAGGCCCUAAAAUCAAAUCAUUCUUCAGUUGGAAAGCUUAAAGCUGUAUGUGUAGCAUGUUUAAUCGGGGAGAAUAGCAAGCCGGUAUGUUGACAUGGUUUUAUAAGACCGCAUCCUUUUCCCAUUUCUUAUCCCCGUAAUGAGUGUCUUUUCUUCAUUUUCUGGUUGACCACCUCCGGUAAUCAUUGCAUCUCAUCACGAGAAUGUCCUUUCCCUCUCUCUGUAGCGGCACUCGCCAUUACAGUAAAUUAAUCAGGGGCUCAUCACAAUAAAGUCAGGCAUUAACAUUAUGCUUUUGUGUCGCCGACUUUUAUUGCCUUGUUUUUUCCCCUUGCAGAUGAAAUUAUACACAGGAGGAUUAUGACGGGGAUUAUGACAGGGGGAAUAUGACAGGGGGAUUAUGACAGGAUUAUGACAGGAUUAUGACAGGGGGAUUAUGACAGGAUUAUGACAGGGGGAAUAUGACAGGGGGAUUAUGACAGGAUUAUGACAGGGGGAUUAUGACAGGAUUAUGACAGGGGGAUUAUAACAGGAUUAUGACAGGGGGAUUAUAACAGGAUUAUGACAGGGGGAUUAUAACAGGGGGAUUAUAACAGGUGUUGCUUUGUAUCGUGUCGUCAUAUGUGGCGUCUAGAGACAAGUGGAAAAUUGUGUCUGUAUUUCUGAGUUAAGAUUGAUUUAAAGAAGACGUCGGAAAGGCGUCAGAGCUCUAUGCCAUGACUCUAUGUUAUUCUAUGGUAGCCCUAGAGACAGCAGACAAUCUGAUAUAUGGUAGCCCUAGAGACGGCAGACAAUCUGAUAUAUAGUAGCCCUAGAGACGGAAGACAAUCUGAUAUAUGGUAGCUCUAGAGACGGCAGACAAUCUGAUAUAUGGUAGCCCUAGAGACGGCAGACAAUCUGAUAUGCUUUCCUGGGGUUUCAGACUUAUACCGGCGAACUACUUAGUCGAACAGAGAAUGACACACAGAAAGACAAUUAACAGAUAUGUCUGCCUUGUUGAAAUAAGCUUUCUCCGGUCGUCAAAUUGAAAGGCCCUGAAUUCCACACAGUGGAGGAUUGUCAAUGGCGCUGAAGGGAGUGGCUCUUCACUUGGCUGAACAGAUUAAGAGAGUGACAGGGACCUAUGACUGACUAAUUCAGUGGGGGCAGCCUCCGUAGAGACACUGGAUGCCUUCCAAAUCACACCCUAUUCCCUAUCUAGUGCAUUACUAUAGGCCCUGGUCAAAGGUAGUGCACUUACAGUGAAAGGAAUAGGGUGUCAUUUGGGGCGUAACUGCUGCUUCGCCCUCUGACAUGUCGCUUGACUGUCCUGCUGGAAAUAUCCCCUCUAUGAAGUUUUGUUUAGUUAGGAAGAACCCCUCGUUCUUUACUCAUAGUCUCUUCUUAAAGGUUUGUGUUGUAGGAGACGAUCUGUCUUUGAACUGUGAUUUACUCGAAAAAUUAAGAAGAUAAAGAAGAUGGAAGGCACCUCUGCACCCUCAUUAGGUUCUAACUUCUCUUAGUUGUUAAGAGCUUAGAUUUCUCUUCAAGAGACUGAAGAAACAUUUUGAAAAAUGAUAUCGCCCUGGCGCUUAGCUGUUCCACAUCACAGACAAAAUAAUGAAUGAUACAUAUCAGAUUUUUUUAUUAUUCCUUCUCUCUUUUUUCCCUCAAAGGGAAUCACGGGGAUCUGGUUCGCCAAACACCAGAGGUGUUACAUCAAGACCCAGACCACGGAGCUUCCCAAAGUGACAGAGGUGGUGACAGAGGUGGUGACAGUGGACACAGAGAUAUUGGUAUAGAAUGCCUGUCUGCAUCUCUCUGACUCACUCCGUGUGUGUGUGUGUGUGUGUGUGUGUGUCCCUCCCUCCCUCCCUCCCUCCCUCUCUCUCUCUCACACAGGAAACUAUCAUGCAUUUUUUAAGGGUAGUGUGAAUAAACAGAGAAGAGUAGUCAGAGAGCAGAGCACAAACACUCACCCUGACCAUCCAAUCUUCUCUGCCCUCUCCCACUGAAGAAUAAACUCCGGUCUCCAGUGCUCAUGAAACAUUCUGAAAGCUGCCCACAAAUCCGCCAAUCCCCUUUGUGUCUCAUAUCAAAUAGUGUUUGCUGUCAAUCUUGAACUAAUAUAAAUAUGUAAUCAUACUCUUCCAAAGGCUUGACCCAAAUAGCCUAAAGGGGGACGUGUGAGAGAAAAAGAAAGAGAGGGGUCUGAGGAAGAGGUAUAAGAUUAAUCUCACUUCUCCGGGCUCAAUAGCCUUACGUGAAGUUUUGCGAGAUUGAUGAGCAAAAUUCUAUCAAUCAAACUAUCAAAUUUGUCGGUGCCACAAUACAAUUCACAGUGCAAAAAAGUGUUUCAUGUGUUUGUUUUUUAAAGAAUCCAUCACUCAAUAUUUUCGGCCUCUACCAUUCCACACGCUCAAUAUGUUUAGCCUCUACCAUUCUCCACUCUUAAUAUUUUUAGUCUCUACCAUUCUCCACUCUCAAUAUUUUCAGGCUUUACCAUUCUCCACUCUCAAUAUUUCCAGCUUCUACCAUUCUCCACUCUCAAUAUUUCCAGCUUCUACCAUUCUCCCCUCUCAAUAUUUUCAGCCUCAACCAUUCUCCACUCUCAAUGUUUUCAGUCUCACCAUUCUCCACUCUUAAUAUUUUCAGACUCUACCAUUCUCCAUUCUCAAUAUGUUCCUCCUCUACCAUCCUCCACUCUCAUUUCCAUUUUACACAUGGCUCCAACGGAGCUGGAAAAUAUCAUAACGCUCUUCCCUGGUCCAUCAUUUAACAAAUACACUAAAUUACAUUGGUACAUUGUCAUGCCAAGUAAGUCACAGAUAUCCCUUUCUGACUUUAAGAACACAAAGCUGUUUAGACAAAUAACCAGACUGCAUCCCCUUCUCCCUCAUCUUUUUAAUGUCUGGUCCAUGUUUCCAGAUACUAAUUGCCCAGCCUGCACCAUAUGUUCCUGCCAUUUUGCACCGUGUGGAAAAAGUACCCAAUUGUCAUACUUGAGUAAAAGUAAAAAUACCUUAAUAGAAAAUGACUCAAGUAAAAGUGAAAGCCACCCAGUAAAAUACUACUUGAGUAAAAGUCUAAAAGUGUUUGGUUUUAAAUAUACUUAAGUAUCAAAAGUAAAAGUAAUAGUGAAAAUAUACUUAAGUAUCAAAAGUAGAAGUAUAAAUCAUUUCAAAUUCCCUAUAUUAAGCAAACUUGACUGCACCAUUUUCUUGUUUUUAUUUCAUUUUCAGAUAGCCACGGGCACACUCCAACACUCAGACAUCAUUUACAAAAGAAGCAUGUGUGUUUAGUGAGUCUGCCAGAUCUGAGGCAGUAGGGAUGAACAGGGAUCAAAACUAAAUCAAAUUUUAUUUGUCACAUUUUCCUGUUCUGCAAAGCAUUCACCUUUUUUCCAAUCUUCCUCUGUCCAGUGUCUGUGUUCUUUUGCCCAUCUUAAUCUUUUAUUUUUAUUGGCCAGUCUGAGAGAUGGCUUUUUCUUUGCAACACUGCCUAGAAUGUCAGCAUUCCGGAGUCGCCUCUUCACAGUUGACGUUGAGACUGGUAUUUUGCAGGGUUCUAUUCAAUGAAGCUUCCAGUUGAGGACCUGUGAGGCGUCUGUUUCUCAAACUAGACACUAUAAUGUAUUUGUCCUCUUGCAGGUGUGCACCGGGGCCUCCCACUCCUCUUUCUAUUCUGUUUUGAGCCAGUUUGCUCUGUUCUUUGAAGGGAAUAGUACACGAGAUCUUCAAUUUCUUGGCAAUUUCUCGCAUGGAAUAGCCUUCAUUUCUCAGAACUAGAAUAGACUGACGAGUUUCAGAAGAAAGUUAUUUGUUUCUGGCCAUUUUGAUUCUGUAAUCGAACCCACAAUUGCUGAUGCUCCAGAUACUCAUCUAGUCUCAAGAAUGCCAGUUUUAUUGCUUCUUUAAUCAGCACAACAGUUUUCAGCUGUGCUAACAUAAAAGGGUUUUCUAAUGAUCAAUUAGCCUUUUAAAAUGAUAAACUUAGAUUAGCAAACACAGUGUGCCAUUGGAACACAGGACUGAUGGUUGCUGAUAAUGGGCCUCUGUACGCCUAUGUAGAUAUUCCAUAAAAAAUCAGCCGUUUCCAGCUACAAUAGCCAUUUACAACAUUAACAAUGUCUACACUGUAUUUCUGAUAAAUUUGAAGUUAUUUUAAUGGAAAAAAAUAUUUUCUUUCGAAAACAAGGACAUUUCUAAGUGACCCCAAGCUUUUGAACUGUAGUGUACAUGUAGGUAGAGUUAUUAAAGUGAGUAUGCAUAGAUAAUAAACAGAGAGUAGCAGCAGCGUAUGCAAAUAGUGCAAAUAGUAUGUUCUCUUGAUACAGUAAGUGUGUGAAUUGGACCAUUUUUCUGUUCUGCAAAGCAUUCAAAAUGUAACUUUUGGGUGUCAGGGAAAAUGUAUAGAGUAAAAAGUACAUUAUUUUCUUUAGGAAUGUAAGAGUAAAAGUUGUCAAAAAUAUAAUUAGUAAAGUAAAGUACAGAUACCCAAAAAACGACUUAAGUAGUACUUUAAAGUAUUUUUACUUCUGUACUUUAUACCACUGCCAUUUUGCUCUUCUUUUGUCCAUUGUCAAACCUAAUUAGACUUCACUGUUAAUCCUUAAUUCACAGCUGUGGAAUCAAUCAGAUAGGGGGCCUUGGCUUUGGCUUUGGUGACGAGGAGACAGGGGAGAAAAGAGGAGGAGGAGGUCCUCCAGAGGAUAGGGAAAGACACAAGGAUGCAUUGUCACACUGGAUUUGUAAAGACCAAGUCCCAUAAUAUGCAUACUGGUCCAUAGCCUUUUUACUGAGGAAAUGUCAAGUUAUGACACCCUACAGUACUAUGUAAAAUGUAUGGCACCCUACAGUACACUGUCCUGUGCAGUGCAUUUGUUAAUAAAACCAUUUGUUAAUGUAUUUGUUAACUAUUAAUGCAUUGUAAUUAUUUAAGUUAUUCUAAAUGUUGUCAAUGUAUUUAUUGAUAAUUUACUCAUGUUUGUUUAUUUUGUUUUGUUUUAUUAUUUUCCAAUAAGAUAAUGUACUCAUGUUAACUACUACAUUAGCUCAUUGUAAAGUGUUACCGGUAUUGUAUAACACACAGUGGCACUGAACUACAUUAUUGGAAUAGCAUGUCAGGGACUUGAAGACUAACCUCUCUGACCUUUGACCUCUUGUAGGCUUCCUCUACAUUAGAAAGUAGAAGGUGAUCCACGGUCCAUCAGAAUCCACCCACCCGUGGCCUGGGAGGCCUCUGUCUCUGAGACAAGUCUCCCUUAAGGUCCUGACUGUGUUACUACUGUGUGAACCACAGAGGGGUUAAAGAGAAAACAGUCAUGGUUUUGCUGCUGCUCCGCUCAGCCCAGCCCAGCCAAAGCUGCGGGCUAUGUGAACGUGGGCUCAGCGCGGGGCGUCUGGGGCCUCAGAUUCUCAGAGGCCAGGUGAAAACAAUGCAGCCGGUGGAGAAACUGCGAGCGGCUGAUAAGGAAAUAAAGCACUCGGGGAGUAGAACCAGGUGACAAACAUGAAUUGUUUGCCGCCGGUAUUUUCGGCCAUUCUCAAUGUGUUCCUCAUAUAAAAUGAUGGGAGGCUGUAAUCCCUGCGCCUCCCUCCAGUUUCCUCCAGUGUUGAAACGAUGAAAUAGCUGUUGUCCUUCUUCUUCAGACAGUAGAACAGUGUCAUUGGAUCCCUUCUUGCUCUUCGGGGUAACCACUUAAUAUGUAUGGCCACAACCAGCCUAGCUGGCAAGCCAAAACCUCCCACUCAGAUAAAAACCACAAACAAAUGCCAUACCAUGCAUGCAAAACACCACAUUCUUGGAAUGAUAUGUACUGUAGGUAAAUGUCAUAUGACUAAAACGAAAAGCUGUAUGUCAUUUUGAACAUAUAAAGAAUGAACAUUAUGAAAAGUGUGCCAUGUCUGUAUAGUAUGGGAGACAGCCAGAUGGGAAGUAAUGUCAUAUACAGUCUUAUGAUAUCAUGAGAAAAUCUUAAUUGAUCCAUGACAAACACAAGUGACCUAAGUAUGUGUCACAAAACAAAUGUUGCACCCUUAGGACAUUAUAGCAAGAGAGGGCAAGUAUAUGUUAAUUACAGUAUGACACUGACUGUGUGUGGAAUGUACUUACAUAGGCUCAAAGUUACAAUAAAUACAUUAUAUUAGUCUGACACCCAAUACAGAAUGUCCUUACUUUGUACAAUAUUAUAAAGCUACAAAACAGCUUAAAUUAUGAUAUAACUGCAUUGUCUUUGCACUUAUCAAUUGGCCUUUUUUCAAUCCCUAUUCCACACUAGCCAUGAUCAACUUAACCACUACCCAGAAGGCUGUCUUCCUUCUUGGUCUUGUUUCUCAACUGGUCGUAGAAUUCAUGUCCUGACCUCCAUUUACUCAUGUUACAGUCUGUGUCUUAACCUCCAGUUACUCAUUUUGGGGAGGUUUGCUUAGUUGCUCGGCUUCAGUGGUUCUGAGUUCCAAUUAGGCAGGUCUGUUUGUGUUUCCUGGCCUUCAUUUUAAUGUCUGUAGUUCAGGGGGAGUGAACGCCACCAGAGCCCCCUAGUCCUCCUUUGAGUCGUCAUUAGCUUAGUCCGAUCUGGAGCAGGCUAAACAUUUGCUGAAAAGAGUGAGAGCAAACUGUAUCAAAGGCUUGGUGGCUUGGCAACUUAGCUAAGCACAGGCACAGGCAGCUAGUGCUUGAGUAGCCUCGCCGCUAUGCGUUCUUUAAUCUGGCCAGAACGAGGUGUGAGUUCGUCUCCACAGGGUCACUGGCGUAAUGUCACUUCACAACAAAAAGUUAGAGCGAGACAGCAGCAUGAGCAGUAAAUUCAAAUAAAGCGAGAAUCGGCGAGCGGUGGGGAAGGAAGGGAGGGAGAGUCGAGAGUGCACAACCUAAUAUAAAUGAUACCGGUGGUUCCAACCAUAGCCCGGGGAUCCUACAUCAAGCUCAACUAAUGUGCAAUUAAGCUUCAAACCGGGAGAGAAUCACCUUGUAAAAACAUUUGUCAAGUAAACUGUUUUGCUGUUCUCUCCAGCCGCUAAUUAACGAGGCACUGGGAAGAGGGGUUUAUUUGCCGACGUAUUUACAUAUACAUAAAGAAACAAAUAUCAGGCAUCGCCAAAAGCCCCUUUCAUACAUCUCUAUUAGGUAGCAGUGACAUGCAUUCCCUAUCAUUAAGCAAUAAUAGUUUACUUUACAGCUCAUGAACUACAGUAUCAACAAAUGAAGCACGUCGCUUGUGCUGUGAGCUGAAUGCAGUAGGAGGAGAUGGGGGAGGACGCUUGCUUAUUAUUGUGGCUGCUGUAUUUAAUGAUAUCGCAGCCUUUCACCGCACAAUAAAGUAUAAAGCACUACAAAGUCAUUUCAAAGUCACAUUUAUGCUGUCGUUGGAUUCACGUGUUGUUGUUGGGGAGAAAGGGCUGCCUGGAGGCCUGAGAGGAAGAAACAGAGAACGAGGAGGAAGUCAAGGCUAGCGGGAGUCAGCAGGAGGCAGGAAGUGGCGGGGGUGCUCCCAGUGGACAAUAAAGGGUGAUGAAUAAAAGGACAUGGCCAGGGCUUGUGUGCUGUGGCUCUGGGGAGAGAGGGCUGAGAAUGCAGAGGGUACAGAACUGAGUGUGUGUGUGUGUGUUCUUGGGCUCUGACAGGUGUGUGUGUGGAGGAGGGUGUGCGUGCGUGCCUGCGGCUACGUAAGGGAGGGUGUGUUUGAUACUCACUGUAUUUGUGUGUGUGUGUGUGUGUACUUGUUUUCCUACCUUAUCAUGACCCCAAAGUCUUAACAAUUCAACCGAAUGUCCUGAAAAGGUAGGAAAACAAUAACAUUUUUGAAAAGUCAGGACUUUUUUCAUGUCCUGAAUUUGUUCAAAUGCUAUUUUAAGAUUAAGGUUUAGGUUUUAGGUUAGGGUUAUGGUUAAAGGGAUAUCAGUAUGAAGGAAGUUAGAGUUAGUUUCGUGAGCCCAUGCAUGCUAGCAGAUACCCAUAGACUUUCGGUCACUGCGCUAACGCUAGUUGGGAAUUGCGCUAGCGCUUCUUAGCAACUUCCUUUCAAAGUUCAUCUGACUCAGGGGAAGUAGAUAAAGGGCCUCAUUGCCUAAAUCCCGAAGUAUCACUUUAAGGUUAGGGUUAAGGUUAGGGUUCGGUUAAGGGUUAGGGUUAGGGUUAAGGUUAGGGGUUAGGGAAAAUAGGAUUUUUAAUGGUCAAACAUUUUUACUCCCCGAAAAUAAAGCUGUUUGUGCAUGUGUGUGUGUGUGUGUGUGUGUUUGCUCUCCUUGACAGGUGGGUGAGACAGAGGGAAUAGACAUGCAGGUGGUGGAGGACUCCCAGGUGUGGGUGCCUGCCGAGGAGCCCAUCGUUAACCCAGCCUUCCUCCUCAACUCCAAGAUCUGGGAGAUAUGCCAGGAGCUGCCCAUCCACUGGAUCCAUCCCUCCCCCAUGAGAGGUACAGGGCACCGGGGCCUCUCCAUUCCUCUCCACCCCCUCCAUCAGAUCACCUCAAACAGGAAAAACAGACGUUUCUGCUGUGAUCCGGUAAAGUACAUCAACAGCUGUUCUGUGUACUUCCUCCUUUUGGUGCAGAUGCUGAGUUCCAUGAGGUGGAGGUUGAAGAGGACAUACCUGAUGCUGAG